AUGGAAACUGUCGACGUUGAGAGACCAAAUUCUGAGUUUAGUCCAGUUUCACAGUGCAGUGCCCUGCCAGACAUAUUCAGGUCUAUGCGGACACCAACUAUCGAACUCGCCACGGUCCUGAAACAGCUAACGAAAACUAAGCUGAAUAAAGCAUCGGGCCCGGAUGAACUAUCACCCGUAGUACUCAAGAUUUUCAAACCCGAUGGAACUUUUCUUUCCAGUAUCGGUGAUCUGGGGUCGACAGGAGACAGGCUGAUUAGCCCUUUCGAUCUCACCAUCACCAUCAGUGGCGAUGUCUUUGUGUCUGAUUACCAACUGGAGGAAGUCCGUAUCUUCAGUCUUGAUGGACACCCAAAAGGAACUCUCACGUCGGAGCCGUUCAAGCACCCCCGAGGAGUGGCCAGUGGUUUCGGUCUGGUAGCCGUGGUAGACAGUCGAAGACGUCGUGUGGGCCUGUACGACUUGCGGUGUGAUUCCAAGUCAAUCGUAUUGAACAUUCCGUUGGCUACCACCCACACAGAUGCGGACACUUUGAGCAAUGUGCGCCCCUCACUAACCGAGCCGUACUAUGUGGAGCUGAUCGAAUGCGGAUCGGGCUAUGUGGCUGUGACUGAUUGGGCUGCACCCAGUCUAAAAUUGUACUCAAUGAACACCGGCAGUUGCGUUUCCAUGGCCGGUGGCUAUGGUACGGGUCUGGAUCAGAUGCUUCAGCCCUACGGACUGGUCCAUAUGACCAGGGAGAAACGUUUGCUGAUAGCUGAUCACGUGAACCAUCGUAUUCAAUGCGCUUCGAUUCAAUCCAUCACCGAUCCGUCCGCAUACGGCCUGGGGAUGGAGGUGAAUGUUGGCGACUCAAUGAAAUUUUGCACUCUUGGAUCAUUGUACCCGGUGGCUGACAAAGUAACCAAUUCCAUUUGGCACCCAAUGGCUCUUGCGGUCGACGAACGACGAAAGCGUAUCGUGGUGACUGAAGCCCUGGGUAGUAUCAAGGUGUUUAGCAUGACAACUUAG